AUGUUCCUGGGUCAUAAAACUUGGUUGAUUCUCGUCCUAUGUUAUUAUUAUUAUGGGCUCACCAUGGCAGCGACUCCCGAGCUACCCUUUGAUUGGUAUUCUCUAGAAGUGUCUGGGAAAUUAUUAACUAAAUUAAAUGGUCCUGAAAUGUUUUUAUCCUCCAACGAAGUCAUAGAUGAAGUAUUCCCAAUCACUGACAUGUCCAUUCUGUCAACCAGCUUCAGGGCCAACAUCGACUUCGACACCGCUGAUAUAUGGGUCAAUGGAACAGUUCCAAAGAGUUCCUCCACUUCUACCAAGAGUUCAAAGUUCAUAGAGAAAUUGAGUACCGGAGAGGAGAUCCUGGGUACAUGGUAUGAUGAAGAACUCACCUUGAUGGGGUUACAAGUAGCUUCAGUACCCAUUGGAAUGGUGCUGGAUUCCAAGAUUUUGCCAGCAUCGUUAGGUCUUGGACAAGAAAAUACUGGUCAUUCAAAUAUUCGCUCCAAACUUGUACAGAAUGGCCAAGCCGCUGUUACUAGCUACUCGAUCGUGAAUGAGAUUGGGAAAUAUUCAGGAAAUAUCAUUUUUGGCACCAUAGAUACCGCUAUGUAUACUGGUGAUUUGAUCACAUUUCAUUCUACAGGAUCAAACUUCACGGUCCCAGUGAGCGCAAUUUCUGUGAACUCCAAAAUUAUUAAAGGCUCCAGUGCCACAGCAGUGUUCAAUAGAAACAAGGAUAUGAUCUAUCUUUCUAAAAAUGUGAUAACUGAAAUCAUCAAUGAAAGUUCGAUCAAUGGCACUUUUGAUUCGAAAUACGGGAUCUAUCGCGUUGAAUGUGAAGUUAGUGAUAAGUUGACUGAGAAAUAUUUGGAAUUCAAUUUGGGAGGUAUAAGUAUCACUAUUCCUUUGCUGAGUCUUGUUUACAAAAUCUCAGACUCUUCCGCGUGUGCCUUAGGGAUGAUCGCAUCCUCUGAUGCUGAUUUUGUCUUGGGAAAUUCUUUCUUAAAAUAUGUUUACCAAUUCAACGAUUACGCAAAUGAAAUCAUCAAAAUUGGUAAGGCCAAAUCAUCACUGACAAUAACAACUUCAGAUUAUGAUAAUGCUACUACUACAUUUCACUCAAAACAACCUGUCACAACCACAUACUCGGAACACUCUCAUCCAACAUCCCACAUUUCCAACACAAUCCAUUCAACAUCCCACAUUUCCAAUACAAUCCAUUCAACAGUCAGAAACUAUGAUGGCUACUCUAACUCCUCCCAUAGUGCAAAUGUGUCGAUGUUGGAUUACGUGAGAAAACCGAAACCGAAAACCUUUUCCACAACCCAAAUGUUUAAUUCCACUAUUUCUGGGCAUGGGGCAGCCAAUCGAACAGCCACCACAUCAAAAGCUUAUAAGACUAGUCACUAUAGUAGCACUAAUAGCCAUCAUAACAGUAAUAGGCUUUAUAAUACUACUAGCCAUUAUACCAGUACUAAUAACCAUGCCAGUACCAACUACUAUGCCACCAGUAAUCAUACCACUGUCGCUGCCACCACUAAAGUCUCUUCCACUGUCGCUUCGGGAUCAAGAUUAACUAAUGAUCUGGAGACAUCAUCAUCCAGCUCGACUAUCUUGGUGGCCACUACUUCCUUGGGGCAAGCGGUUCUCAAUGCCGGAUCAAGAACCCUCGCAGCUGCGGGCACAACCAUCAGUGGGCAACAAUCCAGCACUACAAUCAACUCAACCAGAUCUAUUACCACACCUCUUGGACACAGUUCAAUGACCAGUAGUAUCUAUGAUCAUACCAGUGCAACCGAAGGUACCACCGCCUCCAUUUUCACUUUUGCUAACUCUGAUUAUUCUUCGAUAAUGAGUAUCAUUAGUGACAACCACGCAGCAACAAUCAAGGGUGGGGUGCUAGCAACGGUGCUAUUUUGCCUAAUAAAUCUUUUGUGA